AUGCCGAAGUCCACUAAAAAAAACAAAGGAGGGCAUACCAAAAAAAAUGGAAAGUUUGACCCUCACAAACGGAAUGCGAAACACAUAGAUCCUUCUGCCACCAAUGAAGUGGAGGCAUCCAUCAAUCCUGUGGCAGAGGUGGUGGAAGCCCUGGAGGAGUCCGUGGAGCAGCAGCCCUUUCCCAAAACGCAAGGGAAAAAAUCGAAUAAAUCCCAGACCCAAAAUAUUGGAGGCGUUACACUUAAACCUGGCAUGACUGUGGCGCAGGCACACAAGAUAGCAAAUAAGGUUCAUAAGCAGCAGCCGUUAAAAAAUAUACCUGAUCGCUCCUUUGAGGAGGAAGAGGAAGGAUACGAGGAGGAGGAGGAUGACCACGGUGACAGCGCUGAAGACUACAGUGAUACAGCCAAUGAACGUUCAACAGACUACCGUAAAGGAGGCUACCAUCCCGUGGUGGUCGGUGAGGUGUAUCAUGAUCAAUAUCGGGUAGUCAAAAAGCUUGGUUGGGGAUAUUUUUCUACGGUGUGGCUUGUGUGGGACUACGUCACAAAGCGGUAUCAGGCUUUGAAGGUGCAAAAAUCGGCCAAACACUACACUGAAGCCGCAUACGACGAGAUUAAACUAUUGGGAGAAAUUAUGUCUUCAGAUCCGGAUAAGACUCGGUGUUGUGCUCGGUUAAAUGACUACUUUGAACACACUGGCCCCAAUGGAGUUCAUGUGUGCAUGAUAUUUGACGUUUACGGUGAGGAUCUGCUUUCUCUUAUUAGUAGAUAUGAGUAUCGUGGUGUCCCCUUGCCCAUCGUCAAGUGUAUUUCUCGACAACUGCUCGUGGGGUUGGAACAUUUACACUCCUUGAAGAUUAUUCACACUGACUUGAAACCGGAAAAUGUACUGCUUUCCUCCCCAAAACAUGCGAUAAUAUCCUUUAUGAAACGUUAUCACCCCCCACCAUUAACUCAGCGUCUGCGUCUGGUUGAGCGUGAUCCAAAGACGAUGACAAAAUCGCAGCGCCGACGAUACUACAAAAAAAUUAAGACGAUUGAACAAAAUGACAACGCAAAGGAAAACGUUCCUGUGGAGGAACAUCACCAUGAGAAUGCGAGACUGCCGAGUAAUUCCACGGAGCAAAGCCCAGAAGAGCGUGCAGAAGUGCUUUCAGCAAGUGAUACCGACUCUGACUGGGAGAUUGAACGCCUGCACCACGUUGUUUUGGCCGACUUUGGUAAUAGCUGUUGGACGUACCGGCAGUUCACAGAUGAGGUGCAAACACGCCAGUACCGUUGUCCAGAGGUGAUUCUUGGGGAACCAUAUUCUACUCCAAUAGAUUUGUGGUCAGCCGCGUGCCUUAUUUUUGAGCUGAUCACAGGUGAGUUUCUUUUUGAUCCACGAAAGGGAGAUAAUUAUUCACGGGACGAGGAUCAUUUGGCCCUAAUGACUGAGCUUCUGGGUGAACUACCAGAGAGCAUGCGUCUAGGAGACGGCAAGUAUCGGUCUCAGUUUUACAACUCACGUGGCGCACUGCGUAACAUUAAGGAUCUCAAUUUUUGGUACCUGGAUGAUGUCCUCCACCGCAAGCACAAGUUUACUCAAAAAAAGGCAGGAGAAAUUGCGGAGUUUCUUCUCCCAAUGCUCGAGUUUGAUCCGCAGGAGAGAGCAACUGCGACGGAAAUGCUUGCGAACUUCGAACACUUUUUCGAAAUUAAGGAGGAUGACUAUGCACCAUUUUGUUUUGUCCCUUCAGACGCCGAGCGUGAACCUGUUGAGGGAAACACAAGUGAUGGGGAGGAGUCAGAAACUUCCGGUGACUUCAACGAUGCGGACGAUGAGGAUGACGAUACUUCCUUUGAGGAGGCAGAAGAAAAUAAGGGUGAAGACAACGAGAUGGACCUUGCCCAAUUUUGGACUGAACAUCCACUUCUUGCAAAGGAGUUCUUGGAGAAGCGUGGGCUUGCUUGGCUAGACAUUCAUGCUGUGCUUGAGGGGAAGAGGCUUGGGGAUCCGGCACUGCACGAGUCUGCAGUCGAGGUUAUUCGUCUUCUUUCAGAUGAAGCAGAUGACAAUAGAGGCGAUCAACAACAGGGCACAGAGGAUGAUACAACCUCCUGCACGGAGGAGCUCAGAGGUGGUAUCAGUGGACCAGGCAACCAUUGA